CAUUCAAGUAUUUUAUGUUAUAGGUCACAAUAUUUUUAUGCGGCAUUUUCUAAUGAAUGGGCUGAGAAAAAAGAUGGAAAAUUUAUUCUCAGAAAACCUAAUAUUUCACCACAAUUAUUUAAUAUCAUUCUUAGGUUUAUUUAUUGUGGAAAUAUUGAGUUGAAUAAUUUACAAGGUCUUGAUAUAUUGAAAUUAUUGAUAGCAGUGGAUGAACUUAAUAUUCAACCAUUGAUUUCUCAUAUUCAAGAAUUUUUGAUCGAACAUAAAACUGAAUUUUUACACCAAAAUCCAACUGGUAUUCUUGAAAUUGUUUAUCAACAUGAAACAUUCACGGAUUUAUGGAAUUUUUGUCUUGAAAUUAUUUGUAAAGAUCCUAAAAUCUUAUU